AUGAGUGGAAACGAGUAUGAUAGUGAUGCAGUCGAUGAUGAUUGUUUUGACACAUAUUAUGAUGAUACAGAUCCAUUUCAAGAUGAUAAUAAUAAUAAUUAUACAACUAAUGUGAAUAGCAAUGAUCCUGAACAGUUUGAAUAUACUGUAAGCCCAUUAAAAGAAGUUCAAGCACGUUUUGAACCAACAGUAUUUUCAAAUUCAUAUAUUCAUACAUCAUCAUCUUCAGCCACAUGUUCUAUAUGUUUUAAAACUCAAACUAAUUUUCAAUCAUUAAUAUGUAGACAUGCUUUUUGUCAUGAUUGUUGGACACAAUAUGUUGAUACAAAAUUUCAAUCUCAUCAUUGUUUAAAUAUAGAAUGCAUGAAAUGCGAUGUUCGAAUACCACAAAAUUUUAUUCUUGAACAUAUAUCGUCAGAUAAUUCUAAACAAUUGUAUAAAAAAUUAGUUAUCAAAUCAAUAAUUCAAAAUAAUCCACAAAUGACAUUAUGCCCGGGCUCGUGUGAUCGAGUCUUUGAGGCAAUUAAUAAAUCUAUACCAGGCAAAGUUGAAUGCGAAUUAUGUCGUUUAAAAUUUUGUUUUCAAUGCACAUUAAAUUAUCAUGCACCUGCCAGUUGUGAUAUCAUGAGAAAUUGGUUAAACAAAUGCCGAGAUGAUUCUGAAACAGCGAAUUAUAUAUCAGCAAAUACAAAAGAUUGUCCAAAAUGCAAAGUCUGUAUUGAAAAGAAUGGAGGUUGUAAUCAUAUGUCGUGUUUUUCAUGUAAUCAUCAUUUUUGUUGGAUGUGUCUUGGAGAUUGGAAAACUCAUGAGAAUAAUUAUUAUGAAUGUUCGAAAUAUCGUGGCCAACCACAAUCACAAUUAGAAACGAAACAAAGUCGAGCACGGGAAGCAUUGAAAAAAUAUUUACAUUAUUUUGAAAGAUGGGAUAAUCAUCAGAGAAGUUUGAAACUUGAAGAACAAACAAGAGCAAAAUUAGUAGAAAAAAUUGAACAGAAUAUUAAUGCACAAAAUGGAACCUAUAUCGAUUGGCAAUAUUUAGAAAAAGCAGCUGAUUCAUUAGCAAAAGCUCGAUAUACUCUCAUGUACACUUAUCCUUAUGCUUACUAUCAAGAAGAUACUGUUGAUCGUAGUCUUUUUGAAAAUAUUCAAGCACAGCUUGAAGUUGAAAUUGAAAAUUUGUCUUAUCAAAUUGAACGCUCAACAACUCAUAAUCGAGGAGAUAUUGAAAAUCAACGACAUAUUGUUGAACGACGUCGACAAACAUUACUCUUAAAAUAUUUUCCUAAAUCAAACUCAUAG